AUGGCAGCGUACCCCAGCGCCAACACUGAAGGUGUGCCGCCACCAGCGGCACCUGCACUUCAAUGCCGUCGAUGCCGCCAGCGCGUUAUUUGCUGCCCCGGCUGCGGUGUGGCAAGUUUCAAUCUGAUCGACACCGCAGCGCUUCACAGAUGUUAUACAAAGAAUCCGGCUCCCGCUGCCGCUACGAGUGCUUGUGCGGGUGCUAGUAGGGGUGGAGGUGGUGUGAGGUGGGCGUGUCCCCCGCCUGCCAGUGACUGCGGGGCGUCCGCACUGAGUUCUCCUCCUGCGGCGCCAACGGCGUUUGAGCUUUUCUGCCGCGACGCGGAGACUCGACAAGGCACCGUGGUGGAUGACGACAUAAAUGAGCCGGUGGUGCGAGAGAACGCGAAGGAGGAGGAGGAGGGGGAAGGGCGACGCAACAGAAGGCGCCUUUGCGCUGAGGCUUGGCUUUCCGCAGACGCGGAAACGCGGGAACGCUACGAACUCGCCGCGACUGCGUUUGCGGCGGCGGCGGCGGCGGCGGCGGCGGCGGCGGCGAAGACGCCAAUUGUGGCAGGCGGGGAUGCCUCAGCGAGUCCCCGGAGGGGCCGGGGGAGACCCGUGGCAUCGAGCUCGCGAAAGGCGCCGACGCCUGCGCCAGGCUGCGGAGAGGGCAGAGACGCCCCUGCUUCUGCGGCACCGGCAAAUGCGCGGAGCGACGACGGAAAGCGGGCGAGGUCGUACCGGCGCCCCAUGACGUCGUUUCGUCUCUUCUGCAACCAGAACCAGCAGAGGUACCAGACUGACGGUGCACUGCUGAAGGCGUGGAGGUCGAUGAGCCCUGCGGAAAAGAAGCCCUACGACGACGAAGCGGCUGCCAUCCGCGUGACACCGCGUGCAAAGCGGUCAACUCUUCCCUUUAAGAACUGA